AUGGGUUCGUCCUUGUCGAAUCUGAACGACGGGACGAAUGAUUUGGCUAUGGGACCUAGCCUCGGCGAUAUACCGGAGAGCUGCGUCGCCUGCGUUUUCACGUACCUGACUCCCCCGGAGAUUUGCAAUCUGGCUGGCCUGAAUCGUUCAUUUCGCGGUGCGGCUUCGUCGGAUUCCGUGUGGGAGCCGAAGCUCCCGCCGAAUUACCAGGAUCUGCUUGAUUUGUUGCCGCCGGAGAGGUAUCAUGGUCUCACGAAGAAGGAUAUUUUCGCUGUGCUUUCUCGUCCAAUCCCCUUUGACGAUGGUAAUAAGGAACUAUGGAUUGAUAGAGUUACAGGACGGGUUUGUAUGGCGAUUUCGGCGAGAGGAAUGGCUAUAACUGGAAUUGAAGACCGCAGAUAUUGGAAUUGGAUUACAACGGACGAAUCUAGGUUCCAAGUUGUAGCCUACUUACAGCAGAUUUGGUGGUUCGAAGUGGAUGGAACAGUGAGAUUCCAUCUCCCGCCUGGUAUCUACUCUCUAUCAUUCAGAAUCCAUCUCGGGAGAUUCACGAAGAGACUUGGACGUCGCGUGUGCAACUUCGAACACACUCACGGCUGGGAUUUGAAGCCGGUGAGGUUCUCGCUUACGACUUCUGAUGGUCAAGAAGCAUCGUGUGAAUAUUACUUGGACGAUUUAAAGAGAGAAGAAGCAAUGGGGCAACACAAGCGUGGUUGCUGGAUCGAGUACAAGGUCGGAGAAUUCGUAGUGACUGGAUCAGAACCGUCGACCGAGAUUCAAUGGUCCAUGAAACAGAUUGACUGCACGCACUCCAAAGGCGGGCUGUGUGUUGAUUCAGUCUUUAUAAACCCGAUUGGUGAUUUGAAAUAUCACAAAAAGAAAGCUUUUGUGAAAUAG